AUGAAUGCACAUCCGCCAAAAUUAACAGACGACGGUUCUGAAGGCCCCGAUGCCAAUGAGGAUCCCGUCGCUGGCGGUCUUCUCAUCCCGGGUCUGACUCAUGCUUUACUUGCAAUUGCAGUAGAACUGCGGUCCCACAGCCUGCCAUGCUCAGAGAUCGAACAUGCUCACCGCAAUAAAGACUCGCUCAGGACGAGCUCCCUUGCACAUAUGCCCAACCUUUCCUGGCAGUAUCGUCCACAUAUCUCCGACGCCAUGUCCCUUCUCUUUCUCAGUUUCACAUGGUGUUUUGAUAAGAACUUGUGUGAAUUAUCACUGCGCUGGAACUCUCUAGCCCGUGUCAUUCUGACGGAUGCUGCUCGUAAUCAUACAACGGACGUUCCUGCAGUACAAUGGCUUGAGCAACGGUUCGUCUCGCUCUCUACCAAGAAAAUCUACCAGAGAACAAGGACUUAA